AUGGAGAAUCCAAAUCAGACGAGUUUCACCUUUGAGAUAGAUAACUUUUUGGAGAAGAAAUCCGUAAUACCAUCUCCAAAAUUCAUAAGCGGUGGUUGCGAAUGGUUUGUUAUCGUUUAUCCCAAAGGAAAAGAUGUUGAAGAUCACUUGUCUAUGUUUCUCUGUGUUGCGGAUCAUGGAUCACUGAGAGUUGGGUGGAAGAGACGAGCUAGUUUUUCUUUUGCUCUGUUGAAUCAAUCAGACAAAGAGAUCUACAGAAUAUGUGGGUCAGGCAAAUUGUUCUGCGACCAGUUCACAGCCUGGGGUUUGGCGAAAGCUGUGCCUCUUGCAAAGCUUCAAGAAGAAGGGUUUUUGGAGAAGAACAAACUGAGAGUUAAAGUGGAAGUUAAAGUAGUUGAAGUUGUUGAUCAAGGAGAUGCCACUGGUAAUAAGACGUUCGAUUUCCAUGGUUUCCAUGUCCAUGGUUCUGAGGUUGUUGCAUUGAGCUGGCUUUUCAUUGAACACCCGGACUUUGCAGCAAACUUCAGACCGUUGAACGAAUCUGUGAAGACAACAUGCAUGAACCUCCUUCUAGGUCUCAUAGAGACACUGAACAGGCCUCCACAAAGCUUAUCCAAGUCUGACAUAAGAAACUCUCGCAGAAACUUGAUCAAGCUAACAGAAGAGGGAUUCAAGUUAGAUUGGUUAAAGACAAAGCUUUAUGUGGUUUACUUGGAGUGGAAGAAAACUAAUUCUGAUGGUUCUCGAGUCCAAGAACUCGAGGAACAAGUCAAGAAUCUCAAACUUGAACUGCAAAACGAGAAGGUCAAAUCCGCUGCUAAGGUUUUGUUGUUGAAGCAGACGGUUUUCUUGUUGGAGCAGACGGUGUCGAAUCUCAGAGAUGAGAUUAGCAAACAGUGGGUGGAAUGGUGA